AUGCGUUAUCGCCCGCGUCUUGCAAAUGGAAAGCUCGUUUCGCUGCCAUGGCCCAUUGCCAUGUAUCGGGUCCUAAAUCCAACUGUAUGGCCUUUGGAGGACACGGCUAGUCGCUGGGACAUAUUUGUAGAGCGGGCCUUACUGGUCUUCAGCUUCCUCACGUUCCUGCAACAUCACGCAGUUGAUCUGAACUACCUGCUCGACAAUCUCAAUGACAUGGAUAUAAUGCUGACAGGCAUGCCGACCUAUCUGAUACUGGUCGAGAUACAAAUACGCGGCUUCCAGCUGGCACGUCAUAAGGCGGCGUUCAAGCGGGUGCUGCAGAAAUUCUACGCCGAGAUCUAUGUGCCCCAAGCGACUGAGUCGAACACCUAUGCGCGAAUCCAGCGGCAAAUGCUGGGCACUCGCAUAAACUCCAUUAUGUAUAUAAUGGCGCUCUUAAAUUUCUUUCUGGUUCCAAUUCAAAAUAUUAUCUACCAUCGGCGUGAGAUGCUCUACAAGCAGCUAUAUCCAUUCGACAAUACCCAACUACGCUUCUACAUACCACUCAUCGGCACCAACAUUUUUGUGGGCAUCAUCAUAACCACCAUGCUCUUUGGCGAGCUUAAUGUGCUGGGCGAGAUUUUGAUGCACAUGAAUGCUCGCUAUGGACAGUUGGGUGAGCACCUGAGGAUGACAGCGAAACAUUUGCUGGCAGCCAACACUGUAGACAAGGGACGCAUAGCGCGUCAGUAUCGUCAGGCCCUCGUUCAGAUUCUACGUCGCAAUGUGGAGCUCAAUAAUUUUGGGGCGCAGGUAGAGGCGCAAUUCAGUUUUCGCAUCUUCAUACUUUUUGCAUUUAGUGCUGCGCUUCUCUGCGCUCUGAGCUUCAAAAGCUAUACGAAUCCUAGUGCUAAUUUUACUUACAUUGUUUGGUUUGUGGCCAAGUUUCUGGAGCUCUUAGCUUUUGGCAUGCUCGGCUCCAUACUCUAUAAAACGACCGACGAGCUUGGUCUUAUGUAUUAUACAAGCGGUUGGGAGCAAAUCGUCUACCACUCGAGCAAUGUGCGCGAGAAUGUGCUUCUCAUGAAAAUGCUUACACUGGCUAUUGAGAUCAACUCGCAGCCUUUCUUUCUCACAGGCCUCAAAUAUUUUCGCGUCACUUUAGUGGCUGUCGUGAAGAUUAUACAAGGUGCUUUCUCCUAUUUCACAUUUCUAGUAUCACUGCGUUAG